AUGCGGAACCCGGUGUGCUUGUUAGCCCUGGCUGGGUUUACUACACAGUCACUAGGGCAGCAGCAGCAGCAGCCGCUAUAUGCGACCGCCAAGCCCAAUGUCGUCUUCAUAUUAACCGAUGAUCAAGACGCGCAACUCGGCUCCUUGGAUUACAUGCCUUAUGUUAAAAAGCAUCUCCUAGACAAAGGAACACACUAUCGCAGCCAUUACUGUACAACCAGCGUCUGUUGCCCUUCGCGGGUGACCCUUUGGACGGGGAAACUGGCCCACAAUACAAACGUCACGGAUGUCAAUCCUCCGCAUGGUGGUUAUCCAAAGUUUAUUUCUCAAGGUCUCAAUGACAACUAUUUGCCUGUCUGGCUACAGGAAGCCGGGUACAAUACCUACUACACUGGUAAACUGUUCAACGUCCACACGGUCGACAAUUAUAACGCCCCCUUCCCAGCGGGGUUUACCGGAAACGACUUCCUUCUCGAUCCAUUUACAUACGACUACCUUAACAGUACCUUCCAACGAGACCGAGACCCACCCCAGAGCUACGAAGGUGAAUACAGCACCGACGUCCUCGCACAAAAAGCAUAUCGCCUACUCGACGAAGCAGUCGCGGCUCAAAAGCCCUUCUUUCUCACAGUCGCUCCCAUUGCACCGCACUGCAAUGUUUUCAUGAAUGGUACCGGCUUAGACGCCAACCCUAAAUUCAGCUUCAGCGCACCUAUUCCCGCGAAGCGACACGAGCACCUAUUCUCCGAUAUCAAAGUCCCCCGUACCCCCUCCUUCAACCCAGAAACUCCCUCUGGCGCCAACUGGAUAAAGACCCUCAAGCGACAAAACGAUACUAAUGUUGAAUACAACGAUCAUUUUUACCGCCAGCGUCUACGCGCCCUCCAGGCCGUUGAUGAACUAGUUGAUGGCUUAUUUACACGCUUGAAGGAAUAUGAUAUUCUCGACAACACAUAUGUAGUCUAUAGUAGCGAUAAUGGCUACCAUAUUGGUCAACACCGACUCCAGCCGGGCAAGUCGUGUGGAUAUGAGGAAGACAUCAAUGUUCCCUUGAUUGUCCGUGGUCCCAAUGUUGCCCAAGAUGUAUCUACGGAUAUUGUUACAACACAUACGGACCUUGCUCCCACCUUCCUCGAUUUAUUAGGCAUCCCUCUCCGAGAGGACUUCGAUGGCGACCCCAUCCCUUUUACAGAGAACCAGAUCAAGGAGGCCCAUGACGAGAGACAGGAGCAUGUCACAGUUGAGUAUUGGGGAUAUGCAGCGGGAGAGGGUAUAUACGACUUUGACCUAUCUGCAUACAACAAUACAUACAAAGCUCUCCGCAUCAGAGGUAGUGAAUAUAACCUCUACUACUCUGUUUGGUGUAACAACGAGCAUGAACUCUAUGAUAUGACUAGUGACCCUCAUCAACUCCACAACCUCCUUUCUACAAGUGGGCUUCCAAAUGCGACCUCUUACAUCAUCCUGAACGUUGAUCUUUCUAAAGUCGUUCAGCGACUUGACUCCCUUCUACUGGUGCUCAAGACCUGCAAGGGCCAGGUAUGUGUCAAGCCAUGGGAUGCCUUGCAUCCGCGCGGGGAGGUCACGACGUUGAAAGACGCACUGGAUGUGCGCUACGAUUAUUACUACGAGGUGGAACAGACGACGCGGGUCCAGUUCAACGAGUGUGCGCGCGGGUAUUUUCUGGAUGCGGAGGGCCCACAGUUUGUUCAAGGGGCUGAGUAUGAGGUUCUUCGGGAUGGAUUGCCAUGUUCUAUAUGGGAUCUACGGUCUCCGGCAGCUCCACAGCAGACACCAAACCGGGUCACGCUCAAUCCUCUACUGCGGAUUGAUUGGCCGGAUGAGCUUUCCAUGCACCUCCUCACCACUCCGCUUCUCUACCGCAUUCUGUCUUUCCAGGCCACCCCUCAGUAUACGAAGACUGUAGGAAUCGUUCUCUCCGUACUGUUCACGAUCGUUAUGGUCGUCCACAUGGUCAUGGACGAGUUCCUGCUUCACGCGGUGACAUUCGGGACCGCUGUGUAUUUGAUCGCGACUCGCACGCUCAAGAUCAUUCCUCGGGAGAUCCCGGACGUCGAGGACCGCAAGAGGAUUCAGAACGUGGCACUGUUUGGGUGCGCGAGCUUCAUCUUCGGAUACCUCGUCUGGCUGGUUGACGAGUGGGUGUGUCAGUCUCUGAUUGGUGCCAGACACGCGGUCGGACUGCCCGUGGCGUUUUUGCUUGAGUUGCAUGGCUGGUGGCAUGUCUUUACUGCGAUUGGUGGGUAUAUUGCCGUGGCGAUUAUCGAUUUGAUUACUUCCGGGGAAUUGCAACGGGACUCGGUUGCACAGCUCGCGUGGCCGUUACCGACUGUUGCGAGGUUGCUUGGGCCGGCUGGGGGAGAGAUGAAGCGGGAGUAA